AUGAACGACAUUAAAAUUCGAUUCAACUCAACUACCCUCGUUCAACCAGCGAGUCUCCACGAUGAUGAUACUAAUCACAGUGAGUUAAUCAGUGAACGACUAGAGUUGACUCCGAGCGAUCUUAGACUCCUCAAUCUUCGUCACAUCCAAAAGGGUCUUCUUUUUCAUCACAAGCCACCGCCCGAUGCCAACUUCGUCCCACACUUACAAGACACUUUGUCUCGUACGUUGGAUAUUCUCAAACCUCUCGCCGGCCGACUCGUCAAGAUCAAAAACUCCGACGACGAAACAACUUGCUUUCACGUUGACUGUAACGGAGCCGGAGCCCUUCUCGUUCACGCCGUCACUGACGGCGUCACGGUGGCUGAUAUUCUCGACCCAGUCAUUGUCCCGGAAGACAUCGUCUACUCUAUGUUUUUCUUGAAUGGCGUUUCGAACCACGAAGCCGCCGUUUCGAAUCUACCUUUGGUAGCUGUACAAGUAACUGAGCUCGUCGACGGUUUCUUCAUAGCUUGCAGUGUAAACCAUUCCGUCAUUGACGGCACGUCAUUCUGGAAGAUUUUCAACAUUUGGUCCGAAAUCUCACGCGACGGCAGCUACAACAACGUUAACGACAUCGUUUUGAGUUCAGAUCGUCGUAACUUCUUCCUUAAUCUCCCGAUCCGAGUUCCAUUCUUCCGUGAUGGUGUUCAUAAAGAAACCUUUUCAUCAUCAGUAGUUGAUCUACAACAAAGGAUGAUCCAUUUUUCCAAGAAAAGAAUCGUUGAGCUCAAGGCAAAAGCCAACGCGGAGAUGGGGUUCGCCAAUAACGAGAUCUCCUCCCUUCAAGCGCUCAUGGCUCAUCUUUGGAUAUCUGUGACACGUGGCAGGGAUCUGAACCCCGACGAAGAUGUUCGUUACAUGGUAGUGUUGGGGCUGAGGUCAAGACUCCAGCCGCCGCUGCCGGAAGGGUACCUGGGAAACGCGGUUCAAGGUAUGAUCGUACAGUGCAAAGUAGGGGAGCUAUUGGAUCGUGGAUUGGGCUGGGCGGCGGCUCAGAUUAAAGAAAAGAUUAGUUCGCUUACGGCGAUGGAAGCGAGAAAGCACUUGGAGGAUUGGGUCGAGAGCCCUACGUUAACAGACUUAAUGAAAUUACCACCAAACUCAUUGCUCAGUGGUAGUUCGCCUCGGUUUAAUGUUUAUGGUAAUGAUUUUGGUUGGGGAAGACCGGUGGCAGUUCGAAGUGGUCCGGGGAAUAAGAUUGACGGCAAGCUAACGCCGUUUCCCGGGGCUGAAGAAGGAACUAUUGACUUUGAAGUUUGUCUUUCGCCGGCUACAAUUAAACACUUGAUUGAGGCUAUGGCAUAAGAGUGAUGAAAAGUUCAUCUAUAUAUAUAUAUGAAGCAGCUAUAUAUAUAUAUAUAUAUAUGCCGACGCUAGCUUCUGUAACUGAUCACUAGGGCGGUAACAGUAUGCAGGGGCGGAGAUUCUAGAAAGAAUGGAUGUUGG